AUGGUGAAGGCAUUGGAACAAGAACAUGAAAGUUAUAAAUCCAAACUAUUCCAUUUCAAAGGAAUGUUUGAGAACACAGGUAGGCAUACAAAAAGUUUGAGCAUUGAGAGUGCUAGCAAAUUGGAUGUUACUGAAGAAGAUAUAGUUUCAUCAAAGAGUCAAGGAUCAAAGCUCAAUGAAUUAGAUAAAAACAAAAACAACAACAACAAUAAUAAUAAGAGUCCUGCUGCUACUCCAGCUAAGCCAAGGGUUAUGAGCAAGGAAGAAAUUGAACUCAAAGAACAAAAAGACAAGCUACUGCAGGAAAUGGAACAAAUGAAGGAGAGAUUUGCAAAGUUGCUAUUGGGUGAAGAUAUGUCUGGUGGUGGAAAAGGUGUUUCAUCUGCAUUGGCCUUGUCAAAUGCAUUCACAAAUCUUGCAGCUUCGAUUUUCGGAGAGCAGCGACGCCUAGAGCCAAUGCCUCCGGAGAGGAAAGCAAAGUGGAAGAAAGAAAUUGAUUGGCUUCUAUCAGUUACUGAAUACAUUGUUGAAAUGGUUCCUCAACAACAAAAGAACAAGGAUGGCACAACCAUGGAGAUCAUGACGACGCGACAAAGAACUGAUCUCCACAUGAAUAUCCCUGCCUAGAAGCAAGAGUUCUAUUAUGUAAAGAAGGAUGCUUCGGAUGAUUCGGAGAAAGAUGGAGGAAAGAAUGAUGACAAGUGGUGGUUGCCUACACCUAAGGUUCCAGUAGAUGGUUUAUCCGAGGCAUCAAGAAGGUUUCUGCAGUACCAAAAAGAUAGUGUCAACCAAGUCCUCAAAGCAGCCAUGGCCAUAAAUGCUCAAACUCUAUCAGAAAUGGAGAUCCCUGAAAGCUACAUUGAUUCCCUACCCAAGAAUGGAAGAUCAAGUCUAGGUGAAUCGAUCUACCGGAGCAUUACAGUUGAAUUUUUCGAUCCGGACCAGUUCCUAUCAACUGUGGACUUGUCAUCAGAACACAAGAUCCUUGAUCUGAAGAACAGAAUUGAGGCUUCAAUGGUAAUUUGGAGGAGGAAGAUGAACCAAAAGGACUCAAAAUCAUCUUGGAGUUCUGCGGUGAGUCUGGAGAAAAGAGAACAAUUUGAAGACAGAGCAGAAACCAUCUUGCUUCUCAUUAAGCAUCGUUUCCCCGGAGCCCCUCAAUCUGCAUUGGAUAUAAGCAAAAUCCAAUUCAACAGGGAUGUGGGGCAAGCUUGUCUCGAAAGCUAUUCAAGAAUAUUGGAGAGUUUGGCCUAUACAGUGCUUUCAAGAAUAGAAGAUGUACAAUAUGCAGAUCAACAAACUCAAAAUCCUAGGAAGAGUAAUGCUGCAAAGAGCUCAAUUCCAAGGGCUCCAACAACUCCUAAAGAUGAUGCAGACAGUGGUUCGAUGACUCUCUCGGAUUUCAUGGGUUGGAAUGGUGGUGAUCACAGUAAUAAGGAUCCUUUCGCGGCUACAGACGACUUCUACAAGGAUAUUGACAAUGGAAAAGGCCAGAAGCUUCCAAAUGUAACAACUGAUAAGAAGGUUUCCUAUCUUGAUUCCUUGGGAGGUAUGAGAAGUCCAACUUCGCGCCAUUAAUGCCGCGAAAUGAAGGACUAAUAGUAUGACAACUGAUGAAACUGGUUCCGAAAUAGGGAAGCAGGGAAAGCAAGGUAGAAGAGUAUAUCUAUCUAUAUAUAUUUAUAACUAUAUAAAGUCUUCAAGAAGAACAAUUAGGCCUCCAUUGGGGGUGUUCUUCAAAGACUUGAUUGAUUAUUAUUUGAUAACUAUUAAUUUUAUCUUUCAAUUUGUACAUAGAAGUGAAUAUAUACAAAAGCUGAAUGUUUGUAACAUACUGUAUCCUCAGUGUAGGAAGGAUUUGUAGUCAUGCA